AGCAGCGAGAUCUGUAAGAAUUUUUUAUAACUUCAGCCCGGGCUGCUGUCUCCCCUUUGCCUGUCUGAUUUCUAUUCGAUCCGCUUUUCUUACCUUGUCUUCGAUGCGAAGUCAGCCGGUCAGUCACCUAUGCCUAUAUUUCUGUUAGGGGUCGAGUCAGGAUGAGCGAGAACGCAGUGGUGCCGGUGCUGCCCGCCGAGAAUGGCAUACACGUAUGGAGGACGGCUAUAGUGAUGCCUUUCAUCACUUUUAUGUUUGUGGUCGCGCGAUUCUAUUGUAGGAUCUACAUAGUAAGACGACCAUGGGCUAUCGAUGACUAUGUCGUGGCAGCGACGAUGGUCAGUGUUAUCGUCCACGCUAUACUCAUGGGCGUCGCUACUCAUCACGGUAUGGGCCUGCACAUAUGGCAAUUUACGCCGGAGCUGAACUCGGAAUACUAUCUCUGGAUCGGCAUCUCCUCGGAAUUCUACGUGGCGAGUCUAGCCGGCUUUAAGUGCGCUCUACUCCUGCUCUAUCUGCAGCUCUUCGGCAUCAAUCAGAAGUUCAGAAUAGCAUGCUAUCUCACCAUGUUUUACACGCUUGGCUAUCUGACUUGCAACGCCCUUACCGAGUUUUUUGGUUGCCAUCCUAUAGCGAAGAAAUGGGAUGACGACCUUCCCGGAUGGUGUAUCAACAGAGUUGUUGUGAAUAUAAUUUACGGAGCGGGCCACAUGACGAGCGACCUCAUUAUCGGUAUCCUACCCCUAGUAAUGGUAUGGAGGCUACAGUUCCGAACGACAAGGCAGAAGAUUGGGCUCAGCCUCGUACUUAGCUGCGGUCUUGUUGCCUGGGCUGUGGCCUGUAUCCGCUGGGCAUUCUCGACAUACGACUCGUUAUCAUAUGACCGGCCCUGGUGGUCCGGUAUCAGUUUCACCUUCUCCAUUCUCGAGGUGAACACGGGUCUUAUUUGCGCCUGUACAGCGACAUUCGGUCCGUUAUUCAACAGCUUCUCUUCACAACUUAGAUCAUGGUCCGAUCGAGCGACAACGAAUUUGCACAAUAGCUCCCAAAAAGCAACGGCGAGCUGGCGUAGUUCUCGACACGACAGGGUCCAGUCUACUUGGAGGCACAACAGUCUCUCCGGCGACCUACCCCUGAUGCCAUCUAUUGCCCAUACAAAAGGCCACAGCAAUAGCUUGGAGGAUGGUUCAUACCGCAUGGAGCCCGUUGUCACUUCAAAUACGAUACCACCAUCAAGUGCCAAGUCAGACGACGAAUUUGCUCAGUUUGAUCCCCAGGGGCUACAAGCGCUCGAUGGGAAGAUGGUGUAAAAGACCAAACAUCACACACAGUAUCACUUGACCACGACCAUAUUCAGCGACCUGG